AUGGAACAGAAAUGGAAACUUAUGCUCACCAACUCUUUCUUCCGGACUCUCAGCCAUGUGGCUGACUUCAGUGAAUUAAUCGGGCUUCAGCAUUAUAUGGGUGUGAUGUAUCUGAUUACUCUGAUUGAGAAAGUAGUUCCAUUGUCAGAUGAACACGUCCUUGUGAUGGAGGAGUCGUUUGCAGGAGUGGAAGUACUUGUGUAUCAGCCACAGCAGAAAACAGACGGCAGUGAUCUCAGAACAGCCAUGGUUUACCUGCAUGGUGGAGGCUGGUGUCUCGGCAGUCCUAGAAUGAGCCCUUAUGACCUCUUGGCCAGGAAAAUCGUAAUGGAUUUGAAUGCUGUUGUUCUCUCUGUGGACUACCGUCUUGCUCCUCCAAACCACUUCCCUGUCCCAUAUGAGGAUGUGUACCGUGUUGUCAAGCAUUUCCUCCAGGAGGAGGUGCUGGCUCUGUAUUCUGUGCACCCAGGACGUAUCGCAGUGUCUGGGGACAGUGCAGGAGGAAACCUGGCAGCUGCAGUCACGCAGCAGUUGCUGAAUGAUCCAGAGCAACAGGUUCACUUCAAGGCCCAAGGUCUCCUGUAUCCCGUGAUGCAGGCCCUGGACCUCAACACUCCAUCAUACCAGCAGAACCAGGACAUGCCCCUCUUGCCACGUACCCUCAUGGUGCGUUUCUGGAGCGAGUACUUUACCACUGACAAAAGGCUGUUCCAGGCUAUGAUGGCCAAUACGCAUAACAGUCCUGAGUCUUCCACUCUCCUGAAGUUUGUCAACUGGAGCGCUUUUUUACCUGAUAAGUAUCAUAAACAUUACAAUUACAGUGAGCCGGUGGUGAUGCAGGCAGACGGUAAAGCGGUACCCGAGAAUGGACACUGGCGCUGGAUUGCAGAUCCCAGAGCGUCGCCCUUGUUGGUUCCAGACAGUGCUCUGCGUGUUCUUCCAAAGACCUACGUUCUGACCUGUGAGUUUGACGUCCUGCGAGACGACGGGGUCAUGUACGUCAGUCGUCUGCGCGCAGCGGGAGUGGACGUGACACAUCAACACUAUGAAACAGGAUUUCACGGAGCCAUGAUGUUCACUGUGUGGCCGACUGACUUCCAGAUUGCACAUCUAAUGACUGAUCAUUUUGUCAAAUGGUUACAAAUGAACUUGUAA